GACACUUCCUGUAAACUAUUUGGUUAGCCAAGUUUCCUUUUACAAUUUAAAUAAAUAUUUACAAUUGUGAUACUUUAAAACCCUGGUAAUUAACACUGUUGUUGAAUCUUUGGUACUGGCCCAUUAUUCGAACAAACACAAUCCUUAGAUAUAUCAAGGUUUACUUACCAAGAAUUUUGACAUAACCUAGAAUCAGUUGUAGUUAAAAAAACUAAUUAUUAAAACUUAUUUGUGGCCUCUCUGUAUAAAAUCCAAAUGGCAAACGCUCUAUUUGACCUAAGUCAUUGCAAUGGAACCGAUUAUUGCAAAGAGUAUGUAAAUUUAAAAGUUUUACCUGCUAACGAUCAGAUUAAGGAACUACAAACCAUAUUAAGAGACAAAUCAUAUUUACAUUAUUUCAGAAAUACUUCUAGAAGUGAUUUUAAAUUUUAUGCAGACCGUUUAAUUCGAUUGGUCAUAGAAGAGAGCCUAAACCAGCUACCUUUCACUGAAUGUAACGUAAUUACACCCACAAAUGCCACUUACAAUGGUUUGAAAUAUAAAUCAGGCAACUGUGGAGUUUCAAUAGUAAGAUCGGGUGAAUCAAUGGAGCAAGGAUUAAGGGACUGUUGUCGCAGUAUUAGAAUAGGAAAAAUCCUUGUAGAGUCCGAUGCGGACACACACGAGGCCCGGGUGGUUUAUGCCAGGUUUCCAGAAGAUAUUGCCAGAAGACAUGUUUUAUUGAUGUAUCCUAUAAUGUCCACGGGGAAUACUGUUAGUAAGGCUGUUAAUGUUUUAAAGGAGCAUGGGGUUAAGGAAGACUCAAUAAUUUUGAGUAAUUUGUUUUGUACACCACAAGCAGUUCAGACAAUUUUGGAUUCUUAUCCUAGAAUGAAAAUGUUGACGUCAGAAGUCCAUCCAGUAGCCCCAAACCAUUUCGGGCAAAAAUACUUUGGCACUGAUUAAUGUCUAUUUUCUACGUAAGACUGACUAUGGUGGAUGCUAUUCGUAAGCCCAACUCCCUUUAUUUAUUUUAUAUGUAUAAGCUUUAAACAAAUUUGCCUUAAAACAUUGCAAAAAAUAGUGGUCGCUUUAAUUCACAAGAUGGCGUGAACAAUAUAACGGUUAUUUUGUUACUUUUAUAAUUGUAAUAACAAUACAACGUUUUAAAUAUACUGUGAUGGACUUAAUUGUGUGUAACCUAUAUAUAAUAUUGGGUAUUUAUUAAAAUGAUUUGUGUU